CGAAUCCGUAUCCACGCGUUUCAAACAUGGCGGCGCCCGCGAACUCGGGCGCGCCUGUACGCGUAUUGGACGGAAGUACGGGGUCGCAGCUGAGCGACCGCGGUCUGAUACCGCCCAAAGAUCCUCUCUGGAGCGCCAGGGUACUCGUCACUAACCUUCCGGCCAUAGUGGAGGUGCACAAGAGCUACAUCAGGAGCGGCGCCGACGUGGUCACGACGUGCAGCUACCAGGCGAACGUGGACAACCUGCAGUCUCACCUGGGCAUCGGCGCUUCCGAGGCCGAGACCCUGAUCGCCCGCAGCUGCGAAGCAGCGAUCGCGGCACGGGAACAGUGCGGACGACCGGGAGUGCUGGUUGCCGGCUCCGUAGGGCCGUACGGCGCCGCGCAGGCCGACUUGUCCGAGUACACGGGGGCGUACGCGGCCGUCAAGAGCGUCGAGGAGCUCAUGGAGUGGCACCGGCCCCGCGUGCGGUGUCUCAUCGCGGCCGGCUGCGACGUUCUGGCUUUCGAGACGAUACCGGCUGAGCGCGAGGCCCUGGCGCUCGUACGGCUGCUUCGCGAGUUCCCGGACACCCGGGCGUGGCUCAGCUUCAGCACUUCGCGAGACGCACCGCACUGCACGGCCAAGGGAGAGCCGCUCGCGGAGGUGAUGAACGAGUGCCUCUUAGCCGACGUCAAUGGACAGAUAUUCGCUGUUGGCGUCAACUGCUGCCCUCCGCAAUCGGUGGCGGUGGCUUUUAGGUCCACCGGACCCCUCCGGGUUCCCUUCGUCGCCUAUCCCAACAGCGGCGAGAUGUACACCACGUCUGGCUGGGUCCCGGACGACCGAUUGGCCCGCAACCCACUUGCGGCCUACGUCCCCGAGUGGAUCGACCUGAACGCACGCUGGAUCGGCGGCUGUUGCAGGACUGGGCCGGACGAUAUCAGUGGUGUUGCCAGAGUUGUGAGCAAUCUCGCGGCAGCAUGAUAAGUCGUAUUUGUUGCGCAUUCGCAAAAAAAAAAAAAAAAGAGAGCGCUAUCAUUGUCCCGACUGACAUCAUGAGCGUAGCAGUCUAGUCUCACAGCGCAGGCUAAGCAGAGCAAUAAAACUGCCUGUGCUGCACGGCUUGUGUUAAAUUUUGUAGUAUUUUCCUGUAGCCUUUUAACAGUGGCUCUGCAUUUCCUAGAAGUUUGCGCUACUAACAUUUCGUGUACUUUUGUGACAGCAAACACGAAACAUAACCAGCUUUAUGAGCAGAAAGCAGCUCAAUGCUGUGCGUACCGACUUGCCUGUACAGCAUUCCACUAAGUUUACUGCAUUUUUUGUGUUUGUUUGGAAAAACUCAUUCUUACUUGGCUGUCACCUCUCUGCAUGUAGUUCUGCAACAGUUCGGUAACUCGCAAGCAU